AUGGAAGAACUUGAAACUUCAAAUGAUAGAAAUUGUGAUAUAAAACAUGCAACAAAAGCGUAUGGAUCGGAUGAUAAAAUUGAUCUACCUGAAAACCGUGUAAAUGACAAACAACAUCAGUUCAAUCCGGCAAAUUUCAUCAGAUCAACCGAUGAUGUCAACAUCGGCAAGAUUAACAAAAAACAAAAAACACGUAACAAAGAGGAAGAGAAAGAUGCCGGCAUUCAUCUAUCGGCUCAAACUAGAGUCCUCCAACUGAAACAUGACAGUGACCGUAUGGACAAACUGCUAGUCAUCAAGAGAGAGGAGUACGAAAAGCGAAUGAAAGAGCUGGGAGCGCGCAAGCAACUGUUGAAGGAAAAAAGGGCACAAGUGAAAGAAAAUUACAUCAAGUUCAACAAUUAUUUUGAGGAAAUGCGAGAGAAGAAAGAGAAAACUCUGGAAAGAGUUAAGGAAUCACAAGGACUCAGGGAGCAAAAAAAUUUAGAAAUUAUUCAGUGA